AUGGGGCGAACCAGCAGAGUGCUUCCAAAACAAUGGCUACUGUAUGGAGCAAUUGGAUCACCAAUUCCCAACACGCGAUUUUUAGUUUUCAAAACACCUCUCAGUACAAGAUUGUUAUCCAAAACAAUGAAACACCAAUGGUUUACAACUUUACAUCUAUUACAGCGACUUGGGGAGAACGGAUUUCAAAUUGGUAUUGUCAUCGAUUUGACGGAUACCGACCGUUAUUACGAUCGCAGAGAUAUUGAAAAAAUGUGCAUUGCAUAUGAAAAAAUAAAUUGUCCUGGUCGAGGUUUUAUCGAGAGGGAUGAUCUCGUAGAUUCUUUUAAUGCAGCUGUAGACAAUUUUUUGGAUUUGAAUGCACAUAAUGACUUGUUAAUAGGUGUUCAUUGCACAAAUGGCGUUAAUCGAAGUGGUUACUUGAUAUGCAGGUUUUUAAUUGAUCGCCUUGGAUGGUCUUCACAUGAUGCUAUUGAUGCUUUUGAAAGAGCACGUGGCUAUCCAAUUGAACGAGGAUCGUAUGUGCAAGCAUUGCAUAGAGCUGCAAAGGAAAGACGGUAUAAAAAAAGGCAUAAGCAUAUGGAAGAUGUAGGUUCAAGUGAUGAAUCCGAAGUGCAGAAAAUGUUGAGAAAGCGAAGCAAGCACAAAAAGAAGAAAAAAAAUGACAAUGGAUCUGGUGAUGAUAGUAUGACUCCUGAUAUGGAAGCCGUUCUAAAUCAAAUGGCAAUCGCGUUUGAGCAGCACCAGUCAACUAUGAAUUCAAUUAAUGAAGCCUCCAUGAACUUUGGAUUGGAAAUAACUCCUGAUACUUCGGAAUUGCACCAGCCAGCACGCACAUCACCUCAUAUUUCUGCUGAAAAUAGCCCUUUCAUCGGCAGUACUGGUACUGGGGAAGAUGAUGAUGAUGAUCUCAGUACUGAACAGGACAUGCAAACUACUGAUAAUGCAGAGAAUGAAGUAUCGAAGUCAAAGAAAAGACGAGAGAGGAGGUUAAGACUACAGAAACAGUUUGAUUUGAUGAAAACAGGAAAUUUUUGGAAGAUUAAUGAGAUGCAAAAAGAAAAAUUUGGUACUUCAUGA